AGCCCCCCUCCUCGUCCCGGGGGCCGUCCCGGGGGCCGCCCCGGACCCCUCCCCGACCCCUCCCCCUCGCCGCCCGAGGUCCCCCCCCGGGCCCCCCGCCCGCGCCCCCCCCAGGGUCCCCCCAUGGAGAACUUCCAGAAGGUGGAGAAGAUCGGGGAGGGCACCUACGGCGUCGUGUACAAGGCCCGGAACAAGGUCACGGGGGAGGUGGUGGCGCUCAAGAAGAUCCGCCUGGAUACGGAGACCGAGGGUGUCCCCAGCACGGCCAUCCGGGAGAUCUCCCUGCUCAAGGAGCUCAACCACCCCAACAUCGUCAAGUUGCUGGACGUGAUCCACACGGAGAACAAGCUCUACCUGGUGUUCGAGUUCCUGCACCAGGACCUGAAGAAGUUCAUGGACGCGUCGUCCAUCAGCGGCAUCGCCCUCCCCCUCAUCAAGAGCUACCUGUUCCAGCUGCUGCAGGGCCUGGCCUUCUGCCACGCGCACCGCGUCCUGCACCGCGACCUCAAGCCCCAAAACCUGCUCAUCAACGCCGACGGCGCCAUCAAACUGGCCGACUUCGGCCUGGCCCGCGCCUUCGGGGUGCCCGUGCGCACCUACACCCACGAGGUGGUGACCCUCUGGUACCGAGCCCCCGAGAUCCUGCUGGGCUGCAAGUACUACUCGACGGCCGUCGACAUCUGGAGCUUGGGCUGCAUCUUUGCGGAGAUGAUCACCCGGCGCGCCCUCUUCCCGGGGGACUCGGAGAUCGACCAGCUUUUCCGCAUCUUCCGGACGCUGGGGACGCCGGACGAGGCGGCCUGGCCCGGCGUCACCGCCAUGCCCGACUACAAGCCCAGCUUCCCCAAGUGGGCCCGGCAGGACUUCAGCAAAGUGGUGCCGCCGCUGGACGAGGAGGGACGGAAGCUGCUGGCGCAAAUGCUGCACUAUGACCCCAACAAGCGGAUCUCGGCCAAGGCGGCGCUGGGACACCCCUUCUUCCGCGACGUCACCAGGGCUGUCCCCCACCUGCGGCUGUGAGCGGCCCUGGACCCCCCCCCACGCCCACGGGGGGCUUGGGACAGGACUGGCAGCUGCCCCACGAGGGCCUGGCAAGGGGGGGCUGCCGCCUCCGCCCCCCCUCCCGAAAGGAGCCUCCGUCCCCGCGCUGCAAGAGGUGAUGUCCGGCCCUAGGAUGCGGCGGCUGGGGGCUCAGGACCCCACCCCGCACCCCCCCACGGGGGAACGGGUUGUCCCCCCGCUCUGCUCCCCGACGUGGCGAGGCCCCCCUGCCCCUCGCCCGGACUUUCGGCACUUAAUGACCCCUCCGGGGGGGCCCCUGGGACCAGCAUGGGGUGGGGGGGAGCACCUUUGUCCCCACCAUCGUCCUCGCUACUGCCCCUCACCCAGCACCUGAGGGUGGGGUGUGAAGCCCUGGGGGGGUCCGUACCCUCCAUCCUAUGGGGGUGGGAAGGUGGGAUUGCCCCAGAGGGGGGUGGGGGCUCCCCCACAGAGCCUGGCCCCCCCCCUUGCCUGCCCCCCCC